CGGGAGUAGUAAAAAUCGGGGCCUACUGCGAGCAAGUAGUGUGUGUAGAAAAUUUUCGCACUGGCUGCUACUGCUCUGUUCCCUGCCUACUUCGACGGGGCCGUGCUAAUAUUUUCGCGUUUUGGAAUCGAAUCGGGAGAAAAAAAAAGAUGGAAGUUCUCUAGUGUGAUUGUUCAACCAACGACAAUGGGAAUAUUGUUGUACGAGUCGCGGGCUUUUUGAAAGAAUCAUGGAAUUCCAUUGUGAAAAUCCGGAAGAAAAUUUAUGAAAGAAAAAAGAAUAGUGAUCCAACCCAUUCCAAGCAAAUUUUGUGAGUGAAGCAAGAAAAAAAUGUCAAAUAGAGGAGGGGCUCUUGCGUGAAUAACCAGAAAAAUAAAGGUGCAUUUAGUGCAAAUUAGUCUCCAAAAAAGUGCAAGCGAAGAGAAAAGUGUGUUUAGUUGGCUGUAAAAAAAAAAAAGAAUCAUUUUGAUUUCGAAGGAGGCGUAGUGGUCUACGCCCCAUUUUUUUCAUCCUUGCCCAAGGAAAAAAAUAUUGCCAAUAGCAGCGCAGACAGCGGGAGAAGUUUUUCUCGAAAGGAAGUGCCAUGAACUCCCGAAUAAAGGAGGAUGUCAGCCGACUGUUUGAGUACUGGUGCGAGAUUGCUCCCGGGACUGCGAUGACGACGGCAGCCACACCGACCUCGGCGGCGAGCCCCUCGGCGUCCGCACAUAGCAACGGGACGGCGGACAGCAGUAGUGGCAAAAACGCAGGCUACAUCGUACAGAGCUUUCCGGAAUCGUUCAAGGAUGCCAAGGUGAUUGCCGAUAUUCCGGCGUUCGCAUUUCCCUGCUCCCUGGAAAGCAACCGAACGAUCCAGGUGCACUCGUUCGUACUGACCAACAUCGACUCCAAGUGGCGGUUCGGAUUCUGCAGGCAUGAUCCCAAGUCACCGACGGCGAUGGUCAUCGUCACCUACCUGCCCUGGCACGACACCUUCAUCCGCUUCCUGAACGUGUUGGCCGAUGUGCGGAAAAACUCCCAGAGUGAAUUCGAGUCAUUUCUAGCGGAAGCGUACAACAAAGGAGUGCCGGAACCGGGGGGAUGUCUGAAGCUGCAGUACGACCGGCCGGUGCAGACUUUCGUUUUCCAGAGGCCCCAGCAGUUCCUUCUUCCCAGUAUACCGGAGAACCACAACCUCAACCUGUACUACAACUUUGUGGAUCCGAAAGCCAUGAUCGGUGUGUUCGCCGCGAUGCUGGCAGAGCGGCGAAUCAUCUUCAUGUCCCGCCGGCUGGACGUGCUCUCGUCCUGCAUCCAGGCGGCCAAUGCAUUCCUCUACCCGAUGGUGUGGCAGCACAUCUUCAUCCCGGUGCUGCCGAUGAAGAUGAAGGACAUCCUCGGGGCGCCGAUGCCCUUCCUGAUAGGGAUCCCCGACGCGGUGUACAGGUCGCUCCGCAAGGAGGAGAUCGGCGACGUCGUCAUACUGAACUGUGAUAAGCGAACGCCGGAUGCGCUGGAAACGCCGUUCGACGAUGUGAAAAACAUGCCACCGGAACUGGUCGCCUCGCUCAAGAAACACCUGGCCAACUCGACCGAACAUCGGGGGGACCGGGUGUCGAAGAUAUUUUUAGGUAUUUUAGUGCAAUUAAUCGGCGGCUACCGGGACGCGGUAAAGUUCAACGACAAGAUCACCUUCGAUCCGGAAACGUUUAUCGACACCCGACCGUCGCAUCUGAGGCCAUUCCUAGCCAAUAUGCUGCAGUUGCAGAUAUUCCAACAGUUCAUCGAAGAACGGCUGGACAUGCUGAACACCGGCCAGGGCUUUUCCGACGAGUUCGAAGUGGAGUGCUUCCGGUAUGCGGAGAAAUCCGGACGCAAGGUGAAACAGUACAAGGAUCUGCUGAAGAAUUUUAAGGAUAAGACCAAUCCGGCGGUACGAUCCGCCGUCAAAUCGGUCAAGGAAGGUGGCAAAGGCAUGAAGACGGCCUACAAAGGCCUGCGGUCCAAGUUCCGCGAAACCACCCCACCCAAAUCGAAGCUGGACAGCAGCAUCCACUCGCACAUGUCCCAGUACGACGUCGGCCACCACCAGUCGGCCCCGAACUCGCCCGUCUUCAACAAACGGCCGCAAACGAUUGCCCUGCCGGACGAUUCGUCCUACCACCACGCCAACCAUCACCACCAGAUGCUCACCCCUUCCAGCACGUCGCUGUACAACUCGCCACACAUCGCCAUGAUGAGCAAUAGUAGCCAUAACAAUUACAACACCAUCACCGGCUGUAGCAGCAGCAGCGCCAUGAACAACAAUUUCAACAGCAACAAUAACCAUUACAACAGCACAAGCAGCAGUAGCGACGUGCGGAGUCCCUCGCUCAGCCUCAGUCCCACCAGUUCGAAUUCGUCGUCGGAGAUGAAUCUGAUGCAGGAACUGCAGCACCUGGCGCUGUUCAAGUCGCCGGCCGUCAACCGGAAUCUCAAGCCGACGUACAGCCUAGAUUCACCGAAUCGGCCCUCAUCGCGAACGGGAGCUCCGGUGAGUCCCCCUGGAGUAGGCCCAGGACUGCCCCGAAUACAUGAAGCCUCCACACAACCGCUUCUACAGCUGGAUCUCCACAACGGAACGCCGGAGGUCAACGGAGAUCGAGGAUUCCACAGUGUGGAAAAUAACUACAACAACAACGACGAUCACAACUUUGACCUUUCGCCGGACAUGCCAUGUCCGCCGGUGCCCCCGAGGCGCUUCCAAACGGCGGCUGAAGCCCUCGCCGCCAUCCAGAUUUCACCCCCGCCAAUGUCUCCCCCUUCGUCUUCCUCGUCGACCUCGGCGUCACCCUAUAGAAACUAUAACAAUUUCCUACAUCACGCUGCCAUGAUGCAAUCGAAGCCAAAUCAUUCCUCGGUUCCGAACACGACCGGAUCGCCACCGCUUCCGUCGCCACCGCCUCCUCCGCCACUGAAGGCGAGUCGGAACGACCCCCUGGUGACGCAGUUUGACGUUGACGAACUGAUCACCCUAACGCCAAAUAAUUCCACCAACAACGACGCUAGUAGCCAAAUCGUACUCGAAUCUAGUGAUCAUCAUCCGAUCGGUCGGUCGAUCACCACCACCGGCCACCAUCAUUUGCUAUCGAACGGUACCGGCGCAGAGGUACCGGGUCACGCGACCGUGCAGCAACACUCGAACACGUUGCCACAUCCUCCCUCUACUCAUCACAACCAUCACCACGCUAACAGCCAUCAUAAGCCACCGGCCCCGCAGCCACCGCAGAGGCCACCGCUGGCACCGAAGCCCACCUUCCGCAAAGAGUCUAACGUCGAUGUGGCUGACGCUAACGCUACCGCCAAUGCCCCCUCAUCAUCCGCACAUCACCCCGCGUCCCGAACGGACGGACAAUCCAACGGGGCCAAUGGUUCCGACGACCUAAUCAAUCUGGACACCACCAACUCCAGCUUCGAGCUGGAGGACUUUGAUCCCCUGAACGACAAAGCUAGACCAAUCCCCGCCGCCGUCACGAAACCGGCUCGCAGUAGUGCACUAACCUCCGGCGCCGCCACAUCACCCCAGCCGCAGACCCCAACGGCCACGUACGGUUUCAAUAAUCCCGUGUACCCUUACUUUACACCACCCUAUCUUCAUGGCACCAAAUCGGCCACCUCGUCGCCACUGUCGUCGUCCUUCAACGCCCCGCCGACCUUCAACAACCAUCAUCAUCACCCGGCAGCACACCAUCAGCACUCGCUCUCGCAAGGGAACUUCCCACCCGGUUCAGGUGCAGGGACUGGCCCCGGUUUUAGUCCUGGUAGCAGUUCCGCUAAAAUCCCCAAUCACGACUUCGAGCUGUUACGAAACUACGGUCUAGAUAAGUUCUCACUCCUAGAUAGCGCUAGUAGUAGUAGUAGCAUCAACGGCGGCAAGCAGCAACAACAACAACAUCACGUGACAAGUCUUCUAGGGACGGCUAACGGUAGUAGCCUACUUCCAGCCAAUAGGGACAGCGGUAGCAGUUUGAAACAAUUCGGCAUUGCGAAUGGUGGUGGUGGUCGCCCGAGUAACGCCAGCAGUAGCAGCAGUAUCAUCCCCUCUGCAGUAGGUGGCAGCACCAGGGUAGCAGCGCCCGGCAAGUGGACCACCUUCGACUGAGAUUCAACACUAGAUUUGCCGGUGGUGCUUCGUCGUAGCUGUAUACUUUGGGUGUACAGUUUGUAUAGUGUACGGUAUAUAGAUGGUAGAUAUGUGCAUUUUAGGUUUCAUCUCCGACUAGGUUUGAGUUUCCAAGACAAACGAAAUAUGUAUAUCCAGAGAAACAGACAGAAUAGUAUUCCUUAUUGCGUUUAGCCCGUUUUUUUGUGUUGAUAGUGUUUUUUUUUUCUGUUGUUAGGAUAUUAUAUUGUUUUACAGAGUGUGAUCUAUGUCCACUAGACUGUUUCAUCUUUUCAUUAAGGUUUUUAGAUUCUGAACAUCACAUUCAUACUUUGAUUGGCAUCCAAUGUCCCCUUUCUAAAGUUUACUAAAGCUCUAUAUCAAAUAAUAUGGCGAAACGAUAUCCUUCAUCAUCCUUUCAAAAAGUUCCAGAAUUCUCAAAAAAUAGUUCCAGGUUCCUUCAGGAAUAUUACCAGAAUCCUUAUGGGUAUGGAUUGGUUCCAGAAUCCUACUGUUUUUGUUUUAGAAUACAUAUCUAAAGAAGUCCUUCUAGGAUGAUUUGAAUACUUUUAGAAAUGUUCCAGGUACAGUUUCAGAAAUAUCCUAAAACUAUUCCCAAAAGGCUUCUGAAACCAUCUCAAAAGCAUACUGUGACCAUAUCAGAAUUAUUCUGGAUACAUCACUGAAGCAUUUUGAAAACUAUUUCCGAAGUAUUUUGGAAUUAGUUCAGAAGGAUUUAGGAACCAUCUCUAUAGUAUUCUAGAACUUUUGUUAGAAUUAUACCUUAAGGAUUCUAGAACGUCUAAAAAAAAUCUGAAACCAUAGCAAGAAGAUUCUUAAAUGUUUUAAGAGGAUUCUGGGAUCAUCCCUGAUGGAUUCAAGGGCCAUCCGAAAAAAAAAUCCUUUAGAGAUGGAUUUUAAAACUUCUAAUUUGAUUCUGCAACCAAACCAAAAAAAAUUCUGGAACUAUUCAAGAAGGAUUGUGGAAUCCUUCCGAGAUGGUUGAAGAAUGCUUCUAAGAUGGCUUCUGUAAUCUUCUCGGAUAGUUCCAGAAUCCCUCUGGGAUGGUUCAACAAACCUUCAAACGCUUCAAUUUGGAAAGCAUCCAAGAGCGAUUCUGGAAUUUCAUCUGAAGGAUUCAGGAACGAACCAUCACAGAAAGAUCCAGUGACCAUCCCAGAAGGACCAUGAAGGAUUCUGGAUUUUUAACAGAAGAAUUUACUCCAAGAAUACUUCCGAGAAUUCCAUCAAGAAUUAUUCCAGGAAUUCUUUGAAAAACUCCUCCAGGAGCCACCAGCUUCUGGAGCCAUCUCAAAUCAUCAUCAAUCCUGAAGGAUUGUGGAACUAUUCAAGAAGGAUUCUGAAAUGCGCCCUCUGAAAGCAUCCUUCCGGGAUGAUUGCCGAAGGGCAUGGUACGAAAAACUACCCCUGAAGGAUUCGUGAAAGAUCUAUCACACAAUGAUUCUGGUAUUACAUCAGCAGGAUUCUGAAAAUAUACCAUACGGUGGAAUUCCUCUUAGAAUUAUGUCUACAAAUCCUUCAAGGCAUUUUUUCAGAAAUUCUUUCAUGAAAUCCUGCAGGGGCCACAAUCUACUGGAACCAUUCUCAGAAGAAUUCUGGAAUCAUUCCAGAAGGAAUCAGGAAUCAUCCCUGAAAGAUUAUGGAACUAUUGAAGAAUGAUUGUGGCACUAUCGAAGAAGGAUUCUUGAAUAACUCCUUAGAAAUGGUUUCCAAAUACUUCGAUCCGAAUAGUUCCAGAAUCCUUCGGGAAUGGUGCCAAACACCAUCCCUGAAAGAUUCGGGAAAUAUCCCACAAGAAUUCUGGUACUAUAUCAGGAGAUUCUGAAAUUAUUCCAGACGAAGGAGUUUCUCCAAGAAAUCCUUCGAGAAUUCCAUCAACUCCAGGAACACCUACGAGAACUCCUCCAGGAGCCACUAUCUUCUGGAACCAUCUUAGAACGAUUCUGGAAUCAUCCUUGAAAAACCAGGAAUCAUCCCUGAAGUAUUCUGGUACUAUCGAAGAAAACCGUUCUGGAACUAUCCAUGAAAGAUUCUGGAAUAUUUAAUUCCCCAGAAAUAUUCUUUUCGGGAUGGUAUAAGAAUACUUCCGAGACGGUUCCUGUAUUCUUUUGGGAUAGUUUAAGAAUCCUUCUGAGAUGGUGCCGCAAAUCACCCCUGAAAGAUUCGGGGAAUAUCCCACAAGAAUUCUGGUAUUACAUAAGAAGGAUUCAGGAAUUAUUCUAGAAUCCAGACGAAGGGAUUUCUCAAUAAAUUCUUUCUAGAAUUCUACAAUGAUUCUUCCAGGGAUUCUUUCAAGACAUUUUCAAGGAGCCACCACCUUCUGAAACCAUCUCUGAAGGAUUCUGGAAUCAUCCCUGAAAUACUCUGUAAUCAUCCCCGAAGGAUUCUGAAACUAUCGAAGAAGGGUUCUGGAAUAACUCCUCAGAAAUAAUCUUUUCGGGAUGGUUCCCGAAUACUUAUACCCGAAUAAUCCUCCUGGGAUGAUGCCAGAAUCCUUCAGGGAUGGAUGCUCGGGAAAUAUCCCACAAGAAUUCGGGUAUUGUGUCAGGAGGAUUCUGGUAUUAUAUCAGGAGGAUUCUUGAAUUAUUCCUGACGAAGGAAUUUCUCAUAGAAUUCUUGCGAGAAUUCCAUCAAGAAUUCAUCCAGGAACUCCUCCAGGAGCCACCUUCUGAAACCUUCUUAGAAGGAUCCUCGAAUCAUCCCUGAAAGACCAGGAAUCAUCCCUGAAGUAUUCUGGUACUAUCGAAGAAAACCAUUUUGGAAUUAUCCAAGAAGCAUUCUUGAAUAAUUUCUCAGAAAUAAUCCUUCCGGGAUGGUUCAAGAAUACUUCUAAGAUUGUCCCUGUAUUUUCUGGGAUAGUUCCAGAAUCCUUCUGAGAUGGUGCCACAAAUCACCCCUGAAAGAUUCGGGAAAUAUCCCACAAGAAUCCUGGUAUUAUAUCAGGAGAAUUCUGGAAUUAUUCCAGACGAAGUAAUCUCUCAAUAAAUUCUUUCUAGAAUUCCAUCAACGAUUCUUCCAGGGAUUCUUUCAAGACAUUCUCAAGGAGCCACCACCUUCUGAGACCAUCUCAGAAGGAUUCUGGAAUCAUCCCUGAAAGACUCAGUAAUCAUCCCUGAAGGAUUCUGGAACUAUCGAAGGACGAUUAUGGAAUAAAUCCUCAGAAAUAAUCCUUCCGGGAUGGUUCCUGAAUAGUUACAGAAGCCAUCUGGGAUAGUGCAACAAACCAUUCCUGAAAUAUUCAGGAAAUAUCCUACAAGAAUCCACAUUGGAAUGCUCAGACAGAAUCCAGAAUCCUUCUGGGAUGGUGCACAAACCAUCCCUGAAAGUUUCGGGAAAUGUCCCACAACAAUUCUGGUAUUACAUCAGGAGAACUCUGGAAACUCUCCAAAAAUUCUUCCGAGAAUUUCAUCAAGGAGUUUUCCAAGAAGUCCUUCAAGAACUCCUCCAGGAGCCACCACCAUCUGGAACCAUCUUAGAAUACUUCUUUAGAGAGAACCCUUCCGGGAUGGUUCCAGAGUUCUUCUGAGAUAAUUCUUGUAUCCUUCUGGAAUAAUUCCUGGGAUGGUGUCAGAAACCGUCCCUGAAAGAUGAGGGAAAUAUCCCAUAAUGAUUCUGGUAUUAUACAGAAGGAUUCAUGAAUCAUCUCAGAAGGAUUCUGAAAUUACUUUAGACGGAAAAAAAUCCUCUGACAAUUCUUCCAUUUUUGCAGGAGUCCCAGGGAUUUGUCUUAGCCGAUUCCCCCAGGAACCAUCCCUUUUUAAAACGAUCUCUAAAAGAUUCUGAAAUCAUACUAGAAGGAUUUAAACACUAUCCCAAAUGAAUUCAGGAGCCAUUCUAGAAGGAUUCUGGAAUCGAACCAGAAGGACUCAGGCGUCAUCUCAGAUAAAUUCAGGAACCAUCCUAGAAGGAUUCAAAAACGAUUCUAAGAGGAGAAUUUCCUCCAACAUUUUUUUCUAAGAAUUCUUCCAAAGAUUCGUCCAGAAAUUUCUCCAAUGGAUUCUCCUGGACUCUUUUUGGGGAUUCCUUCAUGAAUUCUGCCAAGGAUUUCCCCUUAAUUUUUUUCAAGGACUUAUUCGACAAUUUAUCCCUUCAUUCCUCCAGAUAAAUUUCAAAGCUUUCUCAGAAAAUUUCUUCGAAGGAUUUCCUUCAACGGUUCAUCUAAGAGUUCGUUCGAGCUUCCAUCCAGAAUUUUCCCCGGGGGUUCUUGCAGGAAUUAUUUCGAGGAUGCUUCCGGGAGUUUAUCUCAAAAUUCCUUCAGAAAAUUUGCUCCUCCAGAAAUGUUUCCACGGAUUUUUGCGAUUUCUCCAAGGUUUCUUCCAGGAAUUCCAAACAUUCUUCCAAGACAUCCUCCAAGGAUUACUUCAGAAGCUCUAUUAGGGUUUUCUCUAGAAUCUUCAAGGGUUAUUCUGAAAUUCUCAAAGUAUUCUUUCAAGAAUUCUUCCAUGGAUUUCUCCAGAAGUGCUUACAAAAAUGUCUCUGGGAAUUCUUCCAAGGAUAAUUCCAGAAGUUUUUCCAAGGACCCCUAACUAGAUUCUUCCAAUGAUUUCAGUAGGAAUUCUUUAAAGGAUUUCCUCCAAAAGAUGCUCCGAAAUUUUCAUUUUUUCGCGAAAUUCUUCCACCAACUUCUUCAGAAAUGUUUUCAAAGAUUUCUCCAAGAAUAUUCCUAUGGAUCCUCCGGGAAUUCUUACAAGAUGUUUUCCAGAAGUUUUUCAUAAAUAUCCUCCAAUAAUUGUUCCAAUAAUUUCUGUAGAAGUACUGCCAAAGACUUUUGGGGAUUCCUCUAUUAAUUUUGCAGAAAUUUAUCCACUUCAAAGAAAUUAUCCAGAGAUUCCUCCAAGAUUUUCUCAAGGUGUUUCUCCGAAGCAAAGUUUAUCUAACAACUCUUACAAGUCUCACUCCAGAAAUUCAUUCGAGGGUUUCUGCAGGUUUUUUUUAAGAAUUCGUCCGGAAGUAUAUCUAAAAAUGUAUUCAGGAAAUUAAAAAGAGAUCUUUCAGAAGUUUUUCUAAAAAUUUUCUGGGAAUUGCAUCAAAGAUUCCCGCAGGAACGUUUCCAAAGAUUUCCUUCAAGGAUCACUCUUGAAGUUCUAUCAGGCAGGGCUGCCUCAAGCAAUCCUUUCAAGAAUUAUUUCAAGUAUUCCUAAAAGGGGUUCUCUGAUUUUUUUUUUCUUAUGCAUGUUCCAGGAUUUUUUAAAAUGACUCCUUCAGGAAAUUCUAGAAUUUCUACAGGAAAUGCUCCAAGUCUUCCAAAUUUUUCUUCGUGAUUUCCUCCAGAAAUGCUUCAACAAAUUGCAGCAGCAAUUUUUUCACGGAUUUCUCAGGACUCCAAUGGGAUUCUACCAAAAAUGUUCGUAGUAAUUCUUCCAAGGACUCCUUCAAGAAUUUCUUCUAGGUUUCCUCCCGAAAUCCGAAAUUCCGCAACCAAUUCCUCCAGUAAUUUGAUUAGAGGAUUCCUGUUAAUUAUGAUAAAUAUAUUUUUGAUAUUUCAAAACAUCCGAAAAUUUCGAACAAGCAAAGAAACCAAUCAAGAUAUGAAAGUAGACUUCAGAAUCUGAAAAUCUUUGUGAACGCAAAAAAGAAACAGCUCUAUUGUCCACCAUUUGGCGGGGCAGUCAGUGUGCAGAACAGCGAUAGUAGCGAAAACAAAGAUAAAGAAAAAACUGUUAUAUAAUUUAUAUAGAACCAUUAUCUAGUGGUAGUAUUUAUCCUAUUGGGAGGGAACAACAACAACAAUAAAAUGUAGAAGAAAUUGGCAAAACAAAAAUCGCUCACACACAGGUAGGCGUUCAGAUUUUUAA